ACCGCUCUAAUCGGUCCGUUAGUUUCCCAACAAUUUGGAUGGUAGGCAUAGAGUGCGUUCUUUCUUCGCACGGAUAGACGGACCUCCGACUCCCGUGAGUGUCCGCUGGGCGUGGUGCGCCAUGACCCCCGCCCUGCUUCCCCUCGCCCCCUCGCCUCCUUAUCCAAAGCCACCACGGCUAUGCCUCAAACCCACCCCCGCGCGCCCGCUCUACCGGUGCGACGCCACACGCCGCGACUUCGCUAUCUACACCGCCUCCGCUGCCGCAGCCGCAGCCGCAAUGAGCCUCGCCGCCGCUACUGCGGCAGAUGAGGCGCUCCCUUCGGCGUCACAGUCACCGACGCCUCACCCUCCAAACGGCGGGGCUACCUCGUUGCUGGUCGGCAUCGCAAACACGAGGUCGUGGUCGCAGUACUACGGCAGCGGCUUCUCCAUCCGCGUGCCGCCGUCCUUCGACAACAUCUUGGAGCCCGAGGAUUUCAGCGCCGCCAUGACCUAUUAUGGCGACAAGGCCAAGGUCAGGGCGUACGCAGCUCGGUUCGCAUCUCCAGAUAGGUCAGAACUUGUAAGCGUGGUAAUCAAGCCAUCUAAUCAGCUCAAGAUCACAUUCCUAGAGGCCAAAGAUAUAACGGAGUUGGGCACUCUAAAGGAGGCGUCCAAGUUAUUUGUACCUGGCGGUGCGAAAAUAUACUCAGCUCGAACAAUUAAAGUUAAGGAUCAGGAGGGUAUCAGGUUAUUUCUCUCAAUUUUCAAGGGAAUAUUACAAAAGGCAAUGGCUUCUGUAGUUAAAUUGCUUUAUGAGAUAAUAUUUUGCAGGACGUAUUACUUCUACGAAUUUCGGUUUGACAGACAACAUGUUGCUCUAAUGGCCACCGUGGAUAGUGGGAAGACAUAUAUCGCUGCCGCCACUGCUCCAGAGACAAGGUGGGAGACGGAUGGAGUGACAUUGCGUUCGGCUGCUGUAUCUAUGUCUCUCACAUGAUCUACACUAGUGUGAAAAAUGCUCUUAUAUUAUGGGACAGAGAGAGUACUAUUUAUAUAUUAUAGAACUACGGUAUUACAACAUCUUGAGUAGAGUUAUCCGGGUUUUUUCUUCUAAAAUUGACCCCCAGUUUAGCGCUCACUCUAAGCCAGGUCACGUUUCAAAUGGCUGACCUUCAGCUUGAAGUCGAUCAAGAAUAUUAAAUUUACAAUUUA